UUAGGGUGUUUGAUCUGCAAACGCUUACUUGGUCAAACUUGAAGACUUAUGGAAAGCCACCGUUAUCUCGUGGAGGUCAUUCUGUUACCCCUGCAGGAACAAGCUUAGUCAUAUUUGGUGGCCAAGAUGCAAAUCGAUCUCUUUUGAAUGAUCUUCACAUUCUAGACUUGGAAACCAUGACCUGGGAUGAAAUGGACACAUUGGGGGUGCCUCCUUCUCCAAGGUCUGAUCAUGCUGCUGCAGUACAUGCUGAGCGAUACCUUCUUCUUUUUGGCGGGGGCUCUCAUGCUACUUGUUUCAAUGAUCUGCAUGUCCUUGAUUUACAAACUAUGCAGUGGUCAACGCCUACUCAACAGGGUGAAAUACCAAGUCCACGUGCUGGCCAUGCUGGUGUGACAGUUGGAGAGAAUUGGUUUAUUACUGGUGGAGGCAACAAUAAGAGUGGGGUCUCUGAAACUGUUGUUCUCAACAUGUCUACACUGGGUUGGUCCAUCGUAACAACUGUACAAGGGCGUGUUCCUCUUGCUAGUGAGGGAUUGAGUUUGGUGUUGUGUUCAUAUAAUGGUGAAGAUAUCCUAGUUUCUUUUGGGGGAUACAAUGGACGGUAUAGUAAUGAGAUCAAUGUACUGAAACCAAGCCACAAAUCAACUUUGCAAUCUAUGGAGACUCCUGUACCUGAUAGUGUUUCAGCAAUGCAAAAUGCUACUAAUGCCACCAGGGAUUUGGAGUCAGAUAUUGCAACAGUCCAAGAAGGAAAAAUCAGGGAAAUCGUGAUGGACAACAUUGAGUCUGAACCAAUG